UGUGAUGAAUUUUAUCUUGAUAUGAUAGAAUAUUGUUCUAAGAGAAUCCUUACAGUUGCUCUAAUAACACUCGUUAUGCAAGUUUACAUUCUGAAUAUUAAAUUAUUUUUUCAUUUAUUACGAAUAGAUAUUUAUUUUCUAAUUUUCUUUAGUGUCUCUUCUAUCAUAUUUUAUAUCGAAGAGUCAGUUAACACAACCCUUCGUCCUCCACGUCCUUCAUUUGAUAUUGUCAUUCCAUGUUCAGAAAAACAGUCGUUCCAUUUCCUCACUUCAUGUCAGUGGUGCAACAACAUUGAUAAAACCAUUGACAAGACCUGCAAAGAGACUGGCUAUCAUGUAAAAAUAAUUUGCGAAAAUGCUGCAGGAGACAAGGCUGAGAAAUCCAACCCCCCAGCAUGGGUUGCUUGUGAUCCUGAAAGUUUUAGAGACCUGAAUUCCGAGCGCCGGAAUUUUGUACUUUUUGAAAUCCUCAUUGGAAUUUUUGGUGUAAUAUCCUACAUCUUCGUGCGACGGCAGCAUAAACGGUUAGAUCAACGUCUUGUUGACCGGGUUAAUCGACAGAUUUUGGCGUCGACGUGA